UCUUGGAUACAAAUAGCACCUAGCUGAAAACAACAAUCACGAAUCUUAACAUUGAAAAUCUUUUGAUUUUGCACUUAUUUGCGAAUACACUCGACUUCUGAUAAGUUGGAAAACAUUUUCAUUAAAAUGUAACUGAUUUAUUUUGUAUGGUAACCAAUUUUAUUUUAGGUAUUUUCAUUUUUAUAUUAUAUCUUUCUUAUCUUUAAUAAGAUGGAUAGGAUACUGCUUCUUAAAUUCAAACCUAACAGCUGCAACGUUCCUUGGUGGGAAUGUAGACCCGGAAAUUUAUAUGAAUAUUGUAAGUUAUUUAAAAUUCUGAAGACGUAAUUGUCAUAUUUGAAGAGUGAGAUAAUACGUGAACAAGGAUAUAUAGUUGAAGAACAUGAGGUUAUUACUGAAGAUUAUUAUAGUCUGUGUUUAAUCAGACUUUACAAGAACAAAACAAGUUAUAAGAGUAUGUUUCAACAAAUAAAUUCUAAGAUUUUACUUUAUUUAAUCACUUAUGUUGGGUUCAUUUUCAAUGAAUACAUCUUUACUUUUUCAAUUUCAGGGAACAAAGUCAUUUUAUUACAACAUGGACUACUGGACUCAUCGCAUGCAUGGACAAUGAACUUGAAGAACCAGAGUCUAGCAUAUAUUUUAGCUGACAAUGAUUAUGAUGUAUGGCUUGGAAAUAGCAGAGGUAGUACAUAUUCCAAAAAGCAUCGGCGUUUUGAUUCAAGUCAAGCAGAGUUUUGGGACUUUACUUGGCAAGAAAUGUCUAAGUAUGAUUUUCCUGCUACAAUUCGAUACAUCUUAUCCAUAACAAAAGUAGAAAGACUAACAUACGUCGGAUUUUCCCAGGGUUCACUUAUUGCUAUGACAGCACUGGAUACUUUCCCAGAACUACAACAACAUAUAAAUUUAUUUGUAGCAUUUGGCCCUGUUGGAUACUUUGCAAGUCUCGAGGGCACCUUCCGUUCACUAGCUCAACACUAUCAGAUUCUUCAGUUCAUGCUGCGUUAUCUGACGAAUGGUGAAAUACUUCCUUCCAACGAUAUUUUUAAAUUUCUAGGGAAGUAUGUUUGCGGACUGGAUCCAUACCUUUGCAUGACAGUUAUUAAUAGUAUUGCUGGAAACGAUGGAUCCAACACUAAUCUGACACGUCUUCCACUGAUAAUCUCACAUUGCCCGGCGGGGACCUCAAUUAAAAAUCUUGUCCACUUUAGUCAGAUGGUCAAUAGUGGUCAGCUACAGAAAUUCGACUAUGGAGCUAGCCUAAAUAGACAAGUUUAUGGACAGAGCAAACCACCUGAAUACAGUUUACAAAAUUUUAAUGUUCCAACUGUAAUUUAUCAUGGAGGAAAUGAUUACUUAUGCACGAAGAAGAAUGUUGAAGUACUUGUGCAAAAAAUCAAUAAAACUGUUAUUUCAAUAAACUAUAUUCAUAAUUACAACCAUUUAGGAUACUUCUGGAGUACUGAUGCUGUAAAUGUAAUCUAUUCUCCACUUCUUAAAUUACUACAAAAUUAUUAAUUAAUUUCUUUCUCAAAAGAUAUUAAAGUAUUUUUGAGCAAAUUAAAAGGAUUUGAUUACUGAUUUUUUAACAUCCGGUAGUUUUAAAAGUGAU